UGUGAUGUAAAAGACUAAUUAUGUGGGUUGAGUGGAGACUGAGUUGCGAAGAUGACAACUAGUGCGGCUGUCACAACAGCUGCUGCUGCUUCUUCCAUUGCCCUGCUUGCUUACUUUCUCUCUAAAUUCUACAAUUCCAAUCACUCCUCUGCUUCUUCUUCUUCUGAAAAUGAACUUAAAAAUGGACUCAUUGAAGCUAUUGGAAACACUCCCCUCAUCAGAAUCAACAGCCUUUCCCAAGCCACUGGAUGUCAGAUUCUUGGGAAAGCUGAGUUCUUAAAUCCUGGUGGAAGUGUCAAAGACAGGGUUGCUGUCAAAAUCAUCCAGGAGGCUCUAGAACUUGGUCUUCUAGCUAAAGGUGGGAUAGUUACAGAAGGAAGUGCUGGGAGCACUGCUAUUAGUCUUGCAACAGUUGCUCCUGCUUAUGGAUGUCAAUGUCAUGUUGUUAUCCCAGAUGAUGCUGCUAUAGAGAAAUCUCAAAUACUGGAGGCCCUUGGAGCUACUGUCGAAAGGGUAAGGCCAGUAUCGAUUACACACAAAGACCACUACGUCAAUAUUGCAAAAAGAAGGGCAGUGGAAGCAAAUGAAGUAGCCUUGAAGCAAGACAUAGCGAAACAAACAAAUGGCAAAGAUGUAGAACAAAGUAAUGGUGAUAUAAUUGACGGAGAAAAACAGGAUACUUUUUUCUCGCGAGACUGCAAAGGUGGGUUUUUCGCAGAUCAAUUUGAGAAUCUUGCAAACUUCAGGGCUCACUAUGAGGGUACUGGGCCAGAAAUCUGGAAACAGACUGGUGGCAACUUGCAUUCUUUUGUUGCAGCUGCAGGCACAGGUGGCACUGUUGCAGGUGUUUCACGAUUUCUGAAGGAAAAAGACCCAAAUAUCAAGUGCUUCCUUAUUGAUCCUCCUGGUUCCGGACUGUUUAACAAGGUAACACGGGGAGUGAUGUACACAAAAGAGGAGGCUGAAGGGCGGAGACUAAAGAACCCAUUUGACACCAUAACGGAAGGAAUUGGGAUCAAUAGAUUAACAGAAAACUUUAAAAUGGCAGAACUUGAUGGGGCUUUCCGUGGUACUGAUUUGGAAGCAGUUGAAAUGUCCAGGUUUCUGUUGAAAAAUGAUGGGCUUUUUGUUGGGAGCUCUUCAGCUAUGAAUUGCGUUGGAGCAGUAAGAGUUGCACAAUCCCUUGGUCCAGGCCACAUUAUCGUUACAAUUUUGUGUGAUAGUGGGAUGAGACAUCUGAGUAAGUUUCACAGUGCUCAAUAUCUAUCUCAGCAUGGCCUGAUACCCAGAGCUAAUGGGUUAGAAUUUCUUGGUCUCCGGGGCUGACCUAAUCAUCAUACCCAUUUGCAUGCCCGAACUAUUCAUUGAACAUCUGGAUGUCUCUAACAGUCACAACUCACAACUACAGUUCCAUUUUCUGUACACUUCCUAGUUCAUAGUAUGAAUCUUUAGAGAAUUGUUAGUAAUUUAACAGCUGGAAGUAUACGGAAAGGAUUCUAACAGCAGUGAGGCGCUGCCGACUCCAUAUCAAGCUGAGCUGAUGUCCAAAACUGCUACUUGCUAGAAGGGCAGGGAUAUAUGUAAAACAUCUGAGAAAAGACUAGCUCCUCUCGUGGCACUGAUGUAUAUUAGAUUACAGACUCCCAAGAGUUGACUACAGGCUCACAAAUGGCCGAGGUUAAUUCUUUCGUAGUGCAUUUUGUGCAAGACUUUUGAAUACUGAUUGAUUUUUAACCUGACAUGCAAUUUUAAGUCCA